CAUGACUAUACUACUUACAUCGGAUGUAAGUAGUAAAGACCGUCGAAUGGCAGUACCGCGAAAUGUGAAAUGUACAUGUUUAUAUUUCAACGAGCAUAAUCAAUUAUUUGAGAGUCUGUUUAAAAUAAUAAGAACAUUUUAACCAUGGACUUGGAAGUUUCUUACAGGAAUAUGUGUCGUGCUUGUAUGGGUAUUAAUUGUGCACUUUUACCAAUAUAUGGUGACGACACGACUGGUAUCAAGAAUUUGCCUGAAAAGCUUCAGGAAGUUACCUUAAUUCGAGUUGAUAGGAACGAUGGAUUACCACAAAUGCUUUGCACGAAAUGUGCUUAUCGGACAAUUACAUCGUAUAAUUUUAGAUUACAAGUACAAAAGACAGAAGAAAAAUUUAGGAAGAUGCUUAAUAUACAAUUCGAAAAUGAAGAAAUGGAAAAUGUAAAUGAACAAGACUGCAUAAUUUUAAAAGAUGAAUUAAUGCAAAAAAAGGUUUUCUUCGAAACUUCUGAAAUGAUUUCUGAUAAUUAUGCGAGCUCUAUUAACGAAGAAUUAAGAAAGGAUGUUACAGAAAAGAAGAGUAAAGACGAACAAUCCUUAGAAAUAAUAUCGUUAAUGGAUUUUAAUCAUAGCAAUGAAAUGGAUAAGAUUCAAGAUCAUUUAGAUAAUAUCAUAGAUGACUCUCAGCAUGAUAAAUUAUAUAAUAUUAAAAACGACUUAGAUGAUCAAUUCUGUAAUACUUCCAAUUCACAAGAUUUAAAUUAUACAGUAGUAUAUGUAGGAGACACAGAAAUGGAGUCCAUUAAAUCAGAGUAUCAUGGUCAUCUUUGCAAAUCAAAGGAUGAAAAUAUUGAUAUUAAAACAUUAUUUUUGAAGGAUAACUUUGAAGAAUCUAAGACAAAUGACAAAUUUUUAGAUGCAAUAUACAUAUCUGAUGAUAUGGAAUCAAAGAAUACUAAAACAUUAAACAUUGAAACCGAAGCUUGGCAAAUGAUAUCAACGGAUGAAUCAGUAGAACAGGUUGAUAAAAUAAAUCUCAACGUCCAACUCGAUUGUAAAACAACGGAGAACAUGGAGUCAAAAGAAUCCAAUGAUUCUGACUCAGAUUAUUUCAUUGAUCCUAAGGAUAAUAUUUUAGGAAGUUUAAAUGAUAUGAUAACUAGAAUCAAAGAAAUAAAAACUGAGAAUAACACAAUAGAAUAUCAGUGUACUUUGUGUUUGCAGAACUAUGAGAAACUUACCGGCGUUUUACUUCAUACUAUUGAUAAUCAUGUUCCAAGUAGUGGUCCAUUUUUUUGUGUCGUUUGUGAGAUGGAUUGUAAUAGUCAUAAAGAGUUAAGGACUCAUGUUAAAAAACACACUGGACAGUUUCCGUAUAUUUGUUUUAUUUGUGAUAAAGCAUACACUUCAAAAAGGUAUUUAAAGCGACACAUGGUUUGUCAUACAGAUUUUCCAAGACAUCGUUGUCCAAAAUGUGGUGUAAGAUUUAAAACUAAAGUAGAAUUAGAAAAUCACAUUGCAACGCACGUACAUGGCGCACCAUAUACGUGUAGUCAAUGUUCACGCUUGUUCAACCACAAAGGUAAUUACAAAAGGCAUUUAAUUACACAUUUGGAUCCUCAAGGUCUUCAUUUACCAAAAUAUCCAUGCACGAUUUGCGGGAAGCGGUUCUUGAAUAAUCGUACUCUUGAAACUCAUAUGCGAGUUCAUACAGGAGAAAAACCGUUUAAGUGCGAUAUUUGUAAUAAAAGUUUUUCACAACAAGGAAAUUUAUUAAAUCAUUUAAGAAUUCAUUCGAAUCCUCGAAGUUAUACAUGUGAAGUUUGCGGGAAAAGAUUUAACCAGAGAGCUACGUUAAAAGAUCAUAGUCUUAUACAUACAGGAGAAAAACCUCACAUUUGUAAUGUCUGCGGAGUAGCAUUUACAUUCAGCGCAGCAUUAAGACGUCACAUGUGGAGUCAUGCUACUGGGAAACCUUUAGGUUGUGAAAUUUGUUCUUCACGUUUUGUAGGGAAGUAUGAUUUAAGACGCCACAUGCAAAUUCAUAACGACAGACCAAGAACGAAACAAAAGAAAAAUGAAGGGAAAAAUAAUAAUACGGAAGAAGUAUCGAGAGAAAAUAUUACUGAAGAGGUAAACACAGAAACUAUUCUCAUAGAGCAAGUUCUUUUAAAUCAAGAUGUCACGCAAGUUAUAUCUCAAGAAGAAGCAGAAAAAGAAAAUGUAGAUGCCCUUUUCAAUCUUAUACACUAUGAUUAAUAUUAUUUAACAAAUGUUUUAUUUUUCCUACUUAUUUUGUUCAAAAGAUAGAGAGGUAGACAUUUUGCUUGCACUGGAUAGAAUUUCUGUCUUUCAAGUAACUGAACAUGUAUAGCUCCAUAUUGGAGAUAUUAAAUUUUUAGUUUCAUAUUUAAUUGACGGUUUACAUAUAGUAUAAUUGACAUCUUUAAUUAAGGCUACAAGGCAUAAUAAUCUUAAGGGAUCGUGAUUUAUAAAUUUUAGGAAUGAAUUAAGCAAUAAAUGGUUGCUUUCUGUGUGAACUUAUAGGAUGUAGCUAAACAAUUUUCUUUGUAUUCCUUGUGCAACAUUAUUUAUACACAUUAGCAAAUUCCUUUUUUACAUUUUAUUUAUAUUUAAUACUCGUAAUAUUUGUAAAUAUAAGACUGAAAACAAUUAUUAAUUUUAAAACUGUUUUUUAUCAUAGAUUUAAAUUCUUUACUCUUAUAAAAUGUGUACAUGUAUGCGUAUGAUUGUAUAAAGGUGUGGUAUAUUUAUCAAAGUUGUAUAAAAGAUUUUCAUUAUAAGUUAAUUAUAUUUAACAAUUUUUACAACCUACCUUAACAUA